CGAAACCAUUCCUUGGCCUGCCACGGUCCAUUCAUCAAGAAGAAAGCGAUGUCUGCCGUCAAGGGUGUCGUCCGUCUCCGCGUCGCCGCCGGCAAGGCCGCACCGUCGCCUGCCAUCGGUCAGGCCCUCGGUCCGCUCGGUGUCAACAUGAUGGAGUUCUGCCGCUCGUUCAACGACCGCACGGCGCACUUGACGCCCAGCAUCCCGGUGCCCGUCCAGCUCACGGCCAUGAACGACCGUACGUUCUCGUACACGAUCAAGACGCCGCCGACGACGUGGUUCCUGAAGAAGGCGGCGCAGGUCACGAGCGGCUCGGAGCUCACGGGCCAGAAGGAGGUCGGCCAGGUUUCGCUUCGCCAUAUCUAUGAGAUCGCCAAGGUCAAGCAGCAGGACGAGCUGCUGGAUUACAUUGAGCUCGAGAGCUUGUGCAAAAACAUCAUCGGCUCGGCCAAGUCGAUGGGCCUCCGCGUUGUAGACAAAUAGAUAGACAGCCAGCGACGCGUGCGAUGUUCAACACGAUCCUCUCGUUGGUUCCUUACUCGGUCGCCACCAUCUUCAUGACCA